AGGUGUAGUGUGUAAUAGCAGGGAGUGUGUGACUGCGCAUGCGUCGCGCCGCAGACUGCGAGCCCGGCUUGAAUCGAGGAGGAAGCGCAGCUCAUUUGGCCUCUGUUUGCUUCUGUCCCUGAUAGAGGACGACUGAACCACCGUCCACCUGCCGUAUUCUCUAAUCGACGGGACGAAAAACCGUGUGUUUUUGGCGCGUUUCAACACAACGCCUCCAUGGAGUCUGAUGGGAGGAGAGAGCAGCUGAAGACGAACCUCAAACACUGAGACGCUCUCCACGAGGAUCCGAGUCUCACUAUGGAGCUCAGCAGAUUGGUGACUUUCUGGAUUGCAUGUAUAUGCUUCUUGUUGGAAUGUCGAGCGGACAAAUCCAAUCAUGUAAGCCCAGACCCCUUACCAUCGGACAACGGUGUCUCAGAGUUUUGCCACAUUGACGAGCUGCUCUGCCAGGAUGAGAUCGCCAUCCUCAGUUUUGAGGCCAUCCGCAGCAUUCACAAGCAAAUGGACGACGAUGCCAAUGGCAAUGUGGAUGUUUCGGAAACCGAUGGGUUUUUAAGAGAGGACCUCAACUACCAUGACCAAGCCAAGCACAACAGUUUCCACGGUGACGACCAGCUCAUAAGCGUGGAGGACCUGUGGAAUGCCUGGAAGACUUCAGAAGUGUAUAACUGGACAGUGGAUAAGGUUGUGGAGUGGCUUAUUGACUAUGUUGAGCUGUCACAAUAUGAAGAAGCCUUCCGGAAGUUGAAUUUCAACGGUACAUCCAUGCCCCGAUUGGCGGUAAAGAAUGUGACUUUGACACAGACCGUCCUGAAGAUUCUGGACCGGAGUCACUUUCAGAAAGUGCAGCUCAAGGCUCUGGAUACCGUUCUGUUUGGAGCUCCUAUGAUGAACAGACAUAACCAUCUGAAGGACUUCAUGCUGGUGGUGUCAAUAGUCAUCGGAAUGGGAGGCUGCUGGUUCGCUUACAUCCAGAACCGGCACUCUAAAGACCACAUGAAGAAGAUGAUGAAUGACCUGGAGAGCCUCCAGCGGGCAGAGCAGAGCCUUCACGACCUACAGCAGAAGCUACAGAUUGCUCAGGAGGAGCAUCGUUCAGUGGAGGUGGAGAAGGUAAACCUGGAGCAGAAGCUGAGGGACGAGAUCAAUGCUGCCAAACAAGAAGCACAGAGACUGAAGGAGCUCCGAGAGGGAACUGGGAACGAGUUGAGCCGACAGAAAUACGCAGAGGAGGAGCUGGAGCAGGUGCGUAUGGCCCUGAAGAAGGCAGAGAAGGAACUGGAGUCUCGCAGCGACUGGUCUCCUCCUGAAGCCCUGCAGAAAUGGCUGCAGCUCACACAUGAGGUGGAGGUGCAGUACUACAACAUCAAGAAACAGAACGCAGAGAGACAACUGCAGGUGGCCAAAGAGGGGGCAGAAAAAAUUAAGAAGAAGAGAAAUACUUUAUUCGGGACAUUCCAUGUGGCACAUAGCUCUUCACUGGAUGAUGUGGAUCACAAAAUACUUGCAGCCAAGCAAGCUCUGGGUGAGGUAACAGCAGCUCUGAGAGAGAGACUCCAUCGUUGGCAGCAGAUUGAGUUCCUAACAGGCUUCACGCUGGUCAAUAACCCAGGCCUGCCCUCUCUGGCCUCUGCCCUCAACCUGGACCCCAGCUUCAUGGGCGGCCGCGGCACACCCCAGCAUUUCAUGUCCGACGACAUGGAUGACAUGGAUGAGGACAUAGUGUCACCAGGAACACUUCAAUAUGCAGCGUGGCUAAUGGGCCGCCGAGCAAGUGAUCUCUGGUCUUUGAAUUCGGAUUGCCAGUCAUUUUGGAAGUACUCUGCUCCCAGUAUGAUGUCACUCCGGCAACGGCACAUUGACCCACAGCUGGCCAUGGGUUCGCAGAGGGACUUGAAUCGCUCCGACUCCGAUUCUUCCUUGGUUAUAUCCCAGACUGGAGAGCAGCUGCGCCUGUCCUACAGUUCCAAAGGCUUCCCUGUGAAGCCCACUUCACUCCUGCAUGGCCCCCAUUCACGCUCCGAAGAGGGAGCCCACUCCCACGCACACAAUGGAGGCAACAGAGUUCAGGAUGGAGGCCCAUCUCCCGAUGGAGGUUCUGAUAGUCCCAUAUUAAUGAAGAAGGUGUAUGGCAUAGAGAAAUCUGCCAGUAUGAGCGAGAUCCUCUGCUCCCAGGCUGUGAUGUCCAUGUCGGAAUCCUCACGCUCCUUAAGCCCAAACUCCACUGAACCUGAUACGCCAUCCCCUACUGGACUGACUGGGGGGAAGGCUGGAAACCGCAUACCCCAGAUCUCCUCAAAAAAGAGCCCCCUAGAGGAGGACAGUGGCUCCACAGGUGAAGAAACUGACUCUGCUGCCAGUCGCAAGAAACAUACCUUCAAGAUCUUCAAAAAACAGAAGAAAUAAAACAACUGGACAACAGUUUUGGUUUUCCCUUACUUUUCUUUUUGUUGUAUUGUUGAUAUAAAUGUUUUUGAUUUAUUUUUUCCCUUUCUGGUCAGAAGUUACGACACAACCAAACACCUUUCCGAGGUCUUUAUAGAAAUGUUUGCUUUUUCAGAGGAACACUUAGGAACAAGCAUGGUUUUGGGAGUGGGUGGAAACAAUACACCAGUGGGAAUGGGAUGUACCUUUUAUUGGGGGAAUGUAAUGCAUUAUUUAUUCAGCAGGAGACAGUGCCAGACUUUCAAAGGAAUCUUCCCUCUGAUGGACUUUUCUUUCCUUGUAUAAUCUGUAUCAGUUUGCAUGUCUUCGCCUUUGUUUGAUUGAACUUUGAAUGCUCCUAGAUGUUUGCUUGGUUCUUGUUCCCCUUUGCUUAAAACACGAAAUAGCCUGGUUCUUUUGUUUCUAUUAGCACACUCCUUUGUCUUUCGAGUUCAAAUGAAUUGUCAGCUGAAUGUUUAAUGGUACUCUUCAAUAAGUGUUUGUCGAUGGUCAGAGAAACUGUAAAAGGGCUGAACUAUCAGUGUGAAACUCCCCUCGAUUGUUGCACUAUUUCUAAAUGUCAAAGUGUCGGUUUUGUAAAGAACAUUUAGAAUAUGUUGGAAUACGCACUAAAACGUUUACACAAACUAUGACGACCACUGAGCGUAUCUCCAAGGCUUCAGGGAUUUCUAGUAUGUUGAAGAAUUACACGAUUAGAAUAUUUGAUCAUUGUUGAUCAUUCCAAAUCAUUUAGAAAAUACAAGAUGGUUCAUGAAUGUGCACAUUAAUGUUUUUUGAGCAUUUACUCUUAACCAUGCCCCUGCUGACUGUUUCUAAUGACAUCAUCCAAAUAAUCCAACAAAAAAGAAAAUGUAAGCUGAAUGAACACUUCACUUUGUUCAAAUUACAGAGUAAUUACAGUUUCAGCAGAUCUUGCCAUCUUGUAUUCAAAGUGCCAAACUAAAGCCACCAUCCAGAAAAUGUAUACACUUUCCAAAGGUUAUAUUUCGGUUUUUUUAGAUCACUGAUCUGAGAUCUCUUCUUAAAUAGGUUUGCUAUAAAGAUGCAGAUUUUCCAAAUUGUGGUGGAAGGGUGGGUGUCUACAUUUACUUGUGGCAUGUUUGAAAGAGAGCUUGGAUAUAUUUUGUUCCUGCUUAAGUUAUACAAUUUAGGUUAGGUUAGGGUUGACCCACAAGAAUUCGAAUCCUUGAUUUCAGGUGCUCUUUUAUAUAAUUUUAAAGCUAGACCACACACAAUUGUUGUUAUAAUGGAGUGACUUGCCUUUAAAUGGUCAGAUGUUCGGGCAGACAGAUUUUACCACUGUGCAUUUUCUGAGGAAGUGGAGGCCAGUCUCUGUUCUUCUUGUGGUUUACAUGAUGUUCACCAAGAUAAAUGUCUUUUUAUCCCAGUGCACUGAAAAUUACAAGCACACUUUCUGAAAAGAGAAGGGGGGUUAAGAAACAAAAGGCUUUGUAAGGGAUGUCACUAUGCAUUUUAUUAAUUUUUGCCCACAGGCUCUGAAAGUCCAACGUAUCCACGAACCUAGAGGCAAAGCAAAGCAGCGCUGCACGAAACAUCUGUCAUUUCUUUUGUGAAAGAUGGUACAAGACCACAUCCAAAUGUAUAUCAACCAAUCAUUCUUUAACAGAUAUACAACUGUGCAGAUGUAUUUGUCUUGUCUGUGCCUCUUUUGCACGAAGCAGCUCUUUUGUCAGUGAGUAUUUCAGUGUGUGCGCAUCAGUCCGGUCCACUAAACUGCACUUCACCGUGUUGAUGCAUGUUCUCAAACGGGAGAGACAGGAACUGUUUUAGACUCUGUUGCCCUUUAGAUAUUCCUGCUCAUUUCUCCAUUUGAGCUAUUUAUGCCUAUACUGUACAAAAAGAGGUGGAGAAACAAAGUAAAAAUGAACAUUUUGCAUUACUGUAAUGUUCCAAACUGUAGUCUUCAAAUUUUAUGGCACUCCUGCAUGAAAGCAAUAAAAAUGGUUUUAAAAUGA